AUGAGGCCACACCGAAACGCAGGCGACACUAAUCGCCUCUUGCCUGACUCUGGCGCUAGGCUCCAUACAGACGCUGUUCGAUAUCUUGUUAGCGUACAGCCCUGGCAGAACAAAGCCAAACAACAGGCCAAAGCCUAUGAUGACCAAGCCGACACGACUAGUACCAGUGCCAUUCCCAGCCCCAGUCUGAGCCACACCUGGGCCGAGCCUUCCAUUUCCCUGGCCAUUGGCCAGCCUCAUCUGGCCCACUGGACGGCUACGCAUCGCAUCGAAUACCUGCUACCAACAAACCCAGAAGACCUCGAUGCUCUCUCGCAGCGAGCUUCCUUCAAUACUGCCCUGAUACCCCCAAACGAGGGCAUCAUCGAGCUCCUGCGUUUCAUGAAGCGCGUUUUAUACAUCGACAUUGAUGUUCACCACGGUGAUGGUGUCGAGGAGGCCUUUUACACCACCGACCGCGUUAUGACGGUCUCCUUCCACAAGUACGGCGAGUACUUCCCCGGCACCGGCGAGCUCCGCGACAUCGGUAUCGGCCCAGGCAAAUACUACUCGGUCAACUUCCCCCUGCGAGACGGCAUCAACGAUCAGUCGUACAAGUCGAUCUUCGAGCCUGUCAUCGAGCACGUCAUGAAGUUCUACCAGCCCGAGGCUGUUGUCCUUCAGUGCGGUGGCGACAGUCUUUCCGGCGAUCGUUUGGGUUGCUUCAAUCUCAGCAUGGAGGGGCAUGCCAACUGCGUCUCGUACGUCAAGAGUUUCGGCCUUCCUACCCUGGUUCUCGGCGGCGGUGGCUACACCAUGCGCAACGUUGCCCGCACGUGGGCCUUUGAGACCGGUGUGCUGGUUGGUCAGCACAUGGAGCGCCAGCUCCCGUACAAUGAAUAUUACGAAUACUACGCUCCCGAUUUCGAUCUCGAUGUUCGGCCUUCCAACAUGGAGAACUCCAAUAGCACAGAGUAUCUCGAGAAGGUCAAGGCCGCCCUCAUCGAUAACCUCCGACACACAGCCCCCGCUCCCUCUGUCCAGAUGCAAGAUGUGCCCCGUCAACCCUUUGGCGGCAUGACGGAAGAAGAGGAGGCUGAACUCAACGAUCUGGACGAGGAUGAGAACGCUGAUACCCGGAUGACCCAAGAUCGUUGGGACAAGCGCGUGCAGAACGACGCCGAAUUUGAAGAGAGCGAAGACGAAGACAUGGACGCCGCCAACGGCAUGACGCGGCCUCGUGGAGCGAAGAAGCGCGCCUUCAACGACUUUUCAAAGGGCGAGGAGGAGGCCAACAGCACCGCCCCGACCCCUGUCAACGGGACGAGUGCCGAGGAAACUGCUGAUGCUGAACCCAUUGAGGAUGCCGAUGUCACCAUUGAAAAGCCCGCCGAAGAGGAUGAACCUGUGGAAAAAGAGGCAGCUGCCGAGAAGGAGGCGACGCCAAAAGAGGACCAGCCAGCAGUGGACGGAGACGGUGAUGUCGGCAUGGACGACAGGGCCGAUGCUGCAGAAACGACCACGAUCAAGAAGGAGGAUGUCGAGCCUGAGGCGACCACGGAGACAGAACAGACCAGCAAGCCGGCGUCACGCAAGGCCACGCCCGAAAAAGCUCCUGCUCCUGCCGCCGAGGAGCCCGCCAAGGAGACCGAAUCCAAGACUGAACCCGAGACGGCUGCACCCGAGGCCGAGAAGACAGACGAAGCGCCCAAGGAGGACGAGGCGGCCGACAAGAUGGACGUGGACGAGGAGCCCGCCAAGGAAUCCAAGGCCGGCGAGUCGUAG